AUGGCCGGCAUUGUCAAGGAGAUCCUGGCAAGGCCCAUCCAACUCGCCGACCAGGUGACUAAAAACGCCGAUUUCGCCCAAUCCUUCAAACAAGAAUGCAUCGAACUCAAAACCAAGACCGAAAAACUCGCCGCCCUCCUCCGCCAAGCCGCCCGCGCCAGCAACGACCUCUACGAGCGUCCCACUCGCCGCAUCAUCGACGACACCGAGCAAGUUCUCGACAAGGCUCUCAUUCUCGUCCUCAAAUGCCGUGCCAAUGGCAUCAUGAAACGCAUGUUCACCAUAAUACCCGCCGCCGCAUUCAAAAAAACCUCCACACAACUCGAAAACUCCAUUGGCGAUGUCUCUUGGCUCCUCCGUGUCUCCGCCCCUGCCGAGGAUCGCGAUGAUGAAUACCUCGGUCUCCCUCCGAUCGCCUCCAACGAACCGAUUUUAGGUUUAAUUUGGGAACAGGUAGCGAUUCUUCACACGAGUACCUUAGAGGAACGAUCCGAUGCUGCGGCUUCUCUGGCUUCAUUGGCGCGCGACAAUGAUCGGUAUGGGAAAUUGAUUAUUGAAGAAGGAGGCGUUCCGCCGCUGCUGAAAUUAGCCAAGGAAGGGCGGCUGGAAGGCCAGGAACACGCCGCGAGGGCCAUCGGACUAUUAGGUCGAGAUUCCGAAAGCGUCGAACACAUUGUGAAUUGCGGCGUUUGUUCGGUGUUCGCGAAAAUUCUCAAAGAUGGACAUAUGAAGGUUCAAUGCGUUGUAGCUUGGGCCGUUUCAGAAAUGGCUACUCAUCAUCGCAAAUGUCAAGAUCAUUUCGCGCAGAACAAUGUGAUUCGGCUACUCGUCAGCCAUCUCGCGUUCGAAACGAUUCAAGAACACAGCAGGUACGCCAUUCCUACCAAACAGCAAAUGUCGAUUCAUUCGGUGUUGAUGGCUAAUGGUAGUAAUAGUUCUGAUCAUAAUGUGAAAUCUGGACAUGAAGAAGAUGAUAAACAUACGAAUAGUUGUAUGAAUCAUCCAACUGGGAAUCAAUUAUCUAGCCAAAUGCAUAAUGUAGUUACCGAUACAUUGGCUAUGAAGAAUCCUGUAAAGGGUCAGCACAAUGCGCAGGAACUGCAAAACUCGCACAAGGCGGGGAAUCAUCACGCGGUGGGGCGGCCGCAUCACGCGGCAUUGUCAGGGGCAAGCAUAAAGGGAAGGGAAUAUGAAGACCCUGCAACAAAAGCUCAAAUGAAAGCCAUGGCUGCAAAAGCUUUAUGGCAUCUCUGCAAAGGGAAUGUCAACAUUUGCCGUAACAUUACAGAAUCAAGAGCUCUGUUAUGCUUUGCAGUUCUAUUAGAGAAGGGCCCUGAAGAUGUGAAGUACUAUUCAGCUAUGGCAUUGAUGGAAAUCACAGCAGUAGCCGAGCAGAAUGCCGAGCUGCGUCGAUCUGGGUUCAAGCCUACUUCACCAGCAGCCAAGGCUGUUGUUGAACAGCUACUGAAAAUCGUCGAGAAGGAGACUUACGAUCUGCUUAUUCCUUCAAUCAUAGCCAUUGGUAACUUGGCUAGGACGUUCAGAGCAACCGAAACAAGGAUGAUCGGACCGCUCGUGAAGCUGCUCGACGAAAGGGAAACGGAGGUUUCAAUGGAGGCAGUGAUUGCACUUAACAAAUUCGCCUGUCCUGAAAACUUUCUCCACGACAAUCAUUGCAAAGCCAUCAUAGAAGCAGGAGGAACAAAGCACUUGAUCCAACUUGUUUAUUUUGGUGAACAAAUGGUUCAAAUCCCUUCAUUGAUUCUUCUGUGCCACAUAGCUUUACAUGUCCCUGAUAGUGAGACGCUAGCUCAAGAAGAUGUACUGAUUGUGCUGGAAUGGUCUUCAAAACAGGGCCACUUAGUGGAAGAACAAAACAUAGAAACUAUACUGCCGGAAGCCAAAAGUAGAUUGGAACUGUAUCAGUCCAGAGUUUCAAGAGGAUAUCAUUGAUUCUUUUUCUUACCUCUUCUUACAAAUUCUGAAUUGUUUAAACAAUUUUGGGUUCAAUUUGUUAUCAUCUUUGAUCGAAGUGUAUGUAAACAAAACUA